UCAGGUCAAAGCAUGGUUACAAACAGUAGUCGACAAAUUAACAAAAGAAUGGAAGCCUUCGAAAUGCCAGUCACUUUUUACUGAGAGUGAACUAAUUGAGUUGUGCUAUCGAGCGCGGGAAAUGUUUUGGAUGCAACCAACGCUUAUUGAUUUGAAUCCACCAAUUCAUGUUGUCGGAGAUAUCCAUGGACAAUUUGAAGAUCUUAUUGCUUUGUUUACUUUAAAUGGUUUUCCUCCUGAUGUCCAAUACCUGUUUCUGGGUGAUUACGUUGAUCGCGGACCCUUCUCACUUGAAGUAGCAGUAUUGCUCUUUGCCUAUAAGGUACUGUAUCCUGAUUUAGUAACCUUAUUGCGCGGCAAUCAUGAAUCUCGGCCAGUGAAUAAACAAUAUGGAUUUUAUAUGGAAUGCACAAGGUACUCUGUGGUACUCUAUGAAUGCUUUCAAUUUGCAUUUUAUUGCAUGCCAUUUUGUGCUCGUAUAGAUAAAAGGAUAUUGUGCAUGCACGGUGGAAUCAGUGAAGGAUUGACUAAUUUUGCUCAAAUUGAGCGUCCAUGUGAUGUUCCUGAUAUGGGUAUACUUGCUGACCUUACGUGGGCUGAUCCUGAUCCAGGAGUCUCGGGUUACGAAGAAAGUCCACGUGGUGCUGCAAGCAUUUUCGGAAAAGAUGCAUUGAAAUCAUUUUGUAACAAUCUGGGAUUGGAGCUGGUUAUUAGAGCACAUCAGGUAGUUCAAGAAGGUUACGAAUUUUUUGGUGACCGCCAGUUGGUAACCAUAUUUUCAGCUCCAAAUUAUUGUGGCCAAUUCAAUAAUGCUGCGUGUGUGAUGAAAAUUUCGAAAGAUUUGGUAAGAUUUUAG